ACAUUUUUUUUUUAUAACAGACAAAUAUUCUAUACAGUAAAAUUGACAAAGCUAUCGCACAAUCAUUGUGUAUAAUUAGCUGAAUUUCAUAACAAACAAAUACCCUAUAGAUAUGUUUAUUGUAGUAAGAUAGAACAAAUUAUUGAUAUGUUUAAUUAUCUAUUUACAUGUAAACAAAAUGUCAUUGAAAAUUCUGUUGGCCAAUGAGGACUUGGAAUUCAAAGACUUCCAUUGGCUUCUUAAUUUUCACCUUUACGCUAACAAGAGUAUAUAAGUCCACAAAUCAGCUUCAGCCAUGCCAUUACUUUCAAUCCAGGAUGAAUCAAAGUGAAUCCAUUACAACUUAUGUUAAGGGCGAUUCAGGAGAAUGGCGCUACUUCUUUGGAGGCUUUAUGCUCAUGAGCUUUGUUUUCUCGGAAAUGGGAAAUCUAUUCCUCAUCAUCGGGAUAUGCUCCAAAAAGCUCAACAGUGCAACAGCGAAAGUGAUAAAGGCCCUGACCCUGACAGAUGCCGCAUUGGGUGUGUUACUUGUCCUGCCCUCAUGUAUCGUUAUGCUGAGCAAUGGGUGGAUAUUCGGGGACGGGGGGUGCAUUCUUCAGGGACUUCUCUCCAACACUUUGCUCUCCUCACACUGUUUUCUCAUGCUCUGUUUGGCCAUAGAGAGAUUUUAUAUGUUAGUUACGAAACAUCCGUCCAAAGCGUUGACAAGUUUUUGUAACGGCGGGAUUGUCGGCAUAUUCCUUCUUUCUGGUCUUCUUUCCGGAUUUCCUCUGUUGCAAAGCCAGAGCUACCAGUACAUGCCGGGGAUUUAUCACUGCGUCCUAUCCGCCGAAACUUUCCCACUCUUCUCAAAUCUCUUGACAUACGUCAUCCCACUGAUGGCCGUAACGUUCUUCUCUAUUCUGACUCUGAUGAAGACAACGUCAUGUCGUGGAGGUAACCGGAUCUCUGUCAACCCGACGCUUGAGGAAUCCGAAACGGUCAACCGGCUCCGGAUGGACAGGAUCGGGAUGGCGCGGGCUUCAUUAUUUCCAACGGCCACGGUCUUCCGUGAAAUCGACGAAGCCAUUAUGCUUCCGAGAGUAGAAAUACGAGCUACCAUUGCUCUGUCUUACUUAAAUUCGCCAUUGUCUGUCUUGUAUAUCAUUGCUUUUUGUUUGAAGACUCUGGCUUUCUUCUGGGUGGAUAAUCAGAGUCGAAUUGCCGGAAUAAGUCUUUUGUUUUACACUAUAGCAGGUUUUAUUCAACCUUUUAUUCUUUUUGGAGUAAGUGGUGCUUUAAGAAAGUCGUUCAUUAAUUUCAUCAGAAGAAGAAAUGCCGAAACAACGCCGACGCAUGUUUUCCGACUUAUACGAAGAUCGCCGCGACCUAGAGAGGAGAAUGAGCUUUGUCGGGAUAUCCCGACUUUUCUGCGACAGUCAUCUGCACUAACAAUUCACGGACAAAUAUCCUCUCAGGUUAACCUUAGUAGUGAUAAUUGUUUAGAGGAAACUCGGAUGUCGAGCUCGUCCUCUCUUGGAAGUGAAAGGUCGAAAUCCUCCAAGAAAGAAAACACUAUUCUAAAACACAAUGUAAGCAAACGGCCUGGAAUCGACAUGGACCGUCGGUACUCCCUACAAAGUACCAAUGCAGACAGUGUAGAUUCUAUGCUUGUCAAUGUGGGUGCUUCCGUGGAAUCGAACAGUAGGUGGUCAGUUUCUACAGCAAGCGUCAUGACUCUAAACAUUCCGGAAUUACAAAUGCCAUGCUCUCGACCAAGAUCUAGAAUUGCACGUGUCAUGUCUGAAACAACCCACGAAUCAUCCAGAGGGAACGUUUCUCCUACGAAUAGUAUAUCAAGUGAACGUCUGCUAAAACCUUCUUUGUCUGCCGGUGUGACGCUUUCCCCAAAAAAGUUGUCUCUUGGGAGGGACAGGACCCAGUAUCGUAGUUUUUUGUACGACGACGCCCGGUUGCCUCUGCCGCCAGUUGAAGACGUCAGUUCUUGUGAGUGUUCUCCGCGAGAGAGCAAGGAGAUCCGCCAGUCCACCGUUCUUAAGGAAGUAAAACCAUUCCUACCCCUCUCUCCUCGGAUCUCCAAGCAGCGAUCGAGAAGUUUUGUGAUACGCAUGGACAGCCAAACAGAUUCGGUUUUUGGUGAAAUUGACUAGUGUGUCUUGUACAUGUAUAUCGACAAUUACUUGUAUUUGAAUCUAUAUUCUUGGUAAUUAAUAAAUGUUUCAAUAAAGUUCCGUUCUUCUGUUGUAUUACUCUCAGUUUAAUAAAGGUAUAUACAAAGAAAAUCCAAAUGAAAACUUUCAAUUUU